AGGCCAAUACCCACAUUCGCUCGCUCUACCCGACUACCCCGCAAGUCGAGGCCUUCCGCUGGCUCUCGCUCGCUCGCUCGCCCCGCGACUGGUUGCCUCUCCGCCCCGACCCUGCCCUGAGACCGGAGACGACCGCGCCCCGCGGUGGCGCUGCGACCCGCGAUACGGUGCAUUGCUCUGUCCCUCCACCCCUUCCCUCCUCUCGGCCGGCCCGCGACGCAAUGCGGGCCGCCGCCUCGGGCGGGGCAGCCUUGCUCGAUCUGUUGCCGCCGUUCGCAUGGCCCGGCGCUCCCUCGGAGCCGACGGGAUUCGCCGGAGGUAGCAGCAGCCGUGGAUACGCGCGCUCGCUUGCGCGAUUUCAGCCCGGUGCCUGCGCAGCGGUCGCGGUGGAUUUUCUAUCCCGUGCUGUUGUUGCUUCCGUUCGGUGUUUUUCUCGUCUAUUAGGAUUCAGUUGGUUUCGUCAGUUUUGGGAGUAGGCUGCGCGUUCAAGUGGUUAGUUUGCGAUUUUUCAAUCUGUUUCUGCUCUUGCGCCGCACGUAUUCCACUUCCAUCACGCGUCGCACUGCUGUACCCUGCCGCAGUGGUGCUCGUCGCUGUCGCGCAUUUGAACCGCGUCAAAUUCAAAGUUUUUUUAUGCGUCUGGUUGCCUAAUAAAAAAAAGCGUCAAAUCCGAAUUUUCUUUUCCGUGUAUGCUCUGCCGCCUAAUCCAAGUUCGUAAGUUUCGGUGCGGGUGAACCGAACUCCAAGCCCGCUUCCUCCAACAAGAACCCCCGAGAUCGGAACCCCGCAAAAGGGAGCUUUAUUUAAAGGGGUGGUGGUCUUUGCUCUUUGUGUUCUGUCCCCCACUUCACUGCUGCUGCUGUUUCUUUUUCAGCUUUGGGCACUGAAGGUUGGCUUACUUGACAGGAAAUUCCCCGUUUAAUUGCAUAUUGGACAUGUCUUGUGGCGUUUGAUUGGAGAAUUUAAUUCUUCCCAACGAUUUCCGUUCUUCGGAGGCUUCCAUCUUGGUUUCAGUUCUGCAGGUUGUGUGUUUGUGAUCUGUGACUGAGAGGGGAGGAAUUCCAGUCAGUCGUUUAUGAAUCCUGGGGCCUGUGCUUACUAGAGGGAGGGCAAGGCAAGUUAGGAUCCGAGAUGAGGGGGAGAAAUGACUCCGGGAACAGCAAGCCGGUUGUGCUGUGCUGUGUGAUGAUCGUGUGCCUAUGCCUCCUCUUCUUGUAUUUCUCGGGCUCCAAUGGACAGGCUGGGAGCACCGCAUUUGAGUACGGGACCAAAUUCUCACGGUCACUUGGAUGGGGCAGUGAUGAUGGUUCUGAAGAGUCCAUUUUUGGAACCGGGGAUGCAGAUGAUGUCAAGCCUAAGAGCUUUCUUGUGUGUGAUGACCGGCACUCUGAGCUGAUCCCCUGCUUGGAUCGGAACUUGAUAUAUCAAAUGAGGCUGAAGCUGGAUUUAAACCUGAUGGAGCACUAUGAGAGGCAUUGCCCUCCACCUGAAAGGCGUUUUAAUUGCUUGAUUCCUCCACCACAUGGCUAUAAGGUCCCUAUAAAAUGGCCAAAAAGUCGUGAUGUAGUAUGGAAAGCAAACAUUCCACACACUCACCUUGCAAAAGAGAAGUCAGACCAGAACUGGAUGGUUGAAGCUGGUGAAAAAAUCAAGUUUCCAGGUGGUGGGACCCAUUUUCACCAUGGAGCUGACAAAUACAUAUCAAAUAUUGCAAAUAUGCUAAAUUUCAAAGAUAACAAUAUAAACAAUGAGGGGAUGCUUCGUACAGUUCUUGAUGUUGGUUGUGGAGUUGCUAGUUUCGGAGGAUACCUUCUUUCUUCUAAUGUGAUAGCAAUGUCUUUGGCACCAAACGACGUGCAUCAGAAUCAGAUUCAGUUUGCACUCGAAAGAGGAAUCCCUGCAUAUCUUGGUGUUUUGGGAACAAAAAGGCUUCCAUACCCGAGUAGAUCAUUUGAACUAGCCCAUUGUUCACGUUGUAGGAUCGACUGGCUUCAAAGAGAUGGGAUUCUUCUGCUCGAACUAGACAGAUUGCUACGGCCUGGAGGUUAUUUUGCUUACUCCUCUCCUGAAGCAUAUGCACAAGAUGAGGAAGAUCUCCGAAUCUGGAAAGAAAUGAGUGCCCUUGUAGAAAGGAUGUGCUGGAAAAUUGCAGAGAAAAGAAACCAAACUGUUAUUUGGGUGAAACCCCUGAACAAUGAUUGUUACAAGAGACGAGCACAUGGUACAACGCCACCUCUAUGCAAAAGUGGCGAUGAUCCAGAUUCAGUAUGGGGAGUGCCAAUGGAAGCUUGCAUUACUCCGUAUCCUGAACAAAUGCACAGAGAUGGGGGAAGUGGGCUAGCUCCCUGGCCUGCUCGAUUAACAACCCCGCCUCCCCGUCUUGCUGAUUUGUAUGUUACUGCUGACACAUUUGAAAAGGACACGGAAAUGUGGCAGCAACGAGUAGAAAAAUAUUGGAGUUUGUUGGGCCCAAAGGUAAAACCAGACACUAUUAGAAACAUCAUGGACAUGAAAGCAAAUUUUGGGUCAUUUGCUGCUGCACUCAAGGAAAAAGACGUAUGGGUGAUGAAUGUUGUGCCACAUGAUGGACCAAGCACCCUCAAGAUAAUCUAUGAUAGAGGGCUGAUAGGCAGCAAUCAUGACUGGUGUGAAGCCUUCUCGACCUAUCCUCGAACAUAUGAUCUUCUCCACGCAUGGGCAGUCUUCUCCGACCUCGAUAAAAGAGGCUGCAGUGCUGAAGACCUGCUCCUCGAAAUGGACCGUAUCCUCAGGCCUACCGGGUUUGCCAUCGUGAGGGACAAGGGCACUGUCAUCGAAUUCAUCAAGAAGUACCUCCACGCGCUCCACUGGGAAGCAGUAGCGGCUGCAGAUGCCGAGCCCAGCUCGGAAUCAGAGGAGAACGAGAUGAUCUUGGUGAUCCGGAAGAAGUUGUGGCUACCAGAAGCAGGCUCGCACACGUGAUUCCCUUCCCGGCGUCUGCAGCUCAGAAGCGAGGCGCCAGCUGCACCAGCCAUGAUUUAUUUCUAGCCCUACUGCACACAUGGAGAUAGAUUUAUUAUUUACGAGGAUACGGAAAAUAUGUGGCAGGCCUGGAUUAAAAAAAGGCUAUUUUUUUCUCAUUCUCGACAGAUAUGGGACUUGAUGUUUGUUCUCUAGUUUGGUUAGGAAAUAAACAUUCUUUUUCGUCUUAAUGUUGAGGCUCAUUUAGGUGUUUGAUGUCCAUCAAUGGAAGUCUGAUGUAGUCUGUAGCUAGUGUAUUUAGUGUUUACUUGAAAGAACUACUGUACGCGGAUACGUGGUUUGCA